CUACGCCUGUUUGUUACUCAACCACGUGUGAUCGUGAUUUCGAAGAUUUUCUUCAGUGAACAUAUUAAAUUUUGUAUUCAAUUAAUUUAAUUAAAAAUGAUUUCCAAAAAUCCAAAACCAAAAAAACAAGACAAUGAAAAUACCGAUGAUAUCGAAAGCAAUGAGAAGUUACCAAAUGAAGUUCUAGUUAUAGCACAAGAAGUGAAAAUAAUAAAUGCUCUUGCCAGCAAUGAUUUAUCCCAAAGAACGAAACAAUUGAAAAAGCUUCGUCGUUGGUUAACAAUUCGAUCUAACAGUUCUUUUCCAUUCACCGAAGAAGACUUCCUCCGCAUAUGGAAGGGCUUGUACUACAUGAUGUGGAUGUCAGACAAACCAUUGGUGCAGGAAGAGUUGGCUGAAAAUUUGGGCAAACUUAUUGAAUGCUUUACUGACAUCAAAGCAGGAGUACAAUUUUUUGGGGCUUUUCUCAGAACCAUGUGCAGAGAAUGGUUUGGAGUGGACCAGUGGAGAAUGGAUAAGUUUUUGAUGUUGAUUCGUCGGAUGAUGCGCUACAUGUUCCUUUUCCUAAAGAAGAACAGUUGGUCAUCGGCUGCAAUUAAGGAAUUCAAUACGAAUAUUUUUGAAACAAUUUUGGCGGAAAAUACUUCGACUGGCAUUACAAUGCAUUUCAUGGAUGUGUUCUUCGAUGAAUUGGCCAAAGUAUCCGAGGGUGAGCUCACCUCAAAGACUGUCGGUCAAUUUGUUAAGCCAUUUGUGAAAUUUAUGGCCCAACAACAUGAUUUUAAAAUUCUUGGACAUUGCCGUAAUAGGAUAUUCCAUCAUCUGCUGUACCAGAGUGAAUUGGGACGUGAAUAUAGCGAUAAAUACAAUGCAUGGAAGGAGAUGGGAUUUCCAACAGAAUCCAUUGAUGACCUAGAAAAGGUUGAAGCUCCAUCAGAUACUGAAGAAGAAAAUAAUGAACCCAAAGGUCCAACAGUUCUUGAUCCCAGAGCAGGCAAUGUUGAUGCUUUUAUACCCCUUUUGCCUAUUGAUGGGAAAUAUAUUAUCAAAGAGAUUGAGUCUCUUAUAUACAAAGAAGAAACAUCCCUAAGAAGUCGUAAGAUGCUGAAAGAUAUUUUGGAAAAAUAUCAAACAUACGAAUCUGGUAAAUUUCCUCUGGGUGUGCAGAAAAUGUUCAAACCAAACCUUAAGAGUGAAAAACCAUUGAUCAUGAGCAAAGUAGAAGCUUUGGAGAAUUUAGAAAAUGAUAUCUACUCCACAACAAGAAAACUUAAGCAACUCAAUAAGAAGAAGCGCAGGAAACUUCUUGCUUCCCUGAACUUUAGCGAGGCCGAUGAGAAUACAUAUGAAAAAUUAAUUGAACGUUCAAUACCCAAAGCCUUGCAGCAAAAUGGUGCAAACGGAAAGAAACGAAAAUCGCUGCCGUCUUUGUCAUGGGUUGAAGAGCAGGUCGAAAAUAAUGAUGUAUCACCUAGUAAAAUACAAAAAACCGAUGAUGAAGUGGCAGAUACUCCAAAAGCCAAACAAACUAAUCAAAAGAAGCUAAAGAGAAAACUUCAAAAAGACGAGAAGCCUACCAACAAACAAAGUGUAGUCGAAUCAAAUAAAGUUGCACCAACCGUCCGCGUCGCCGAGGACAAAAAGGAAGAAUUAAAAGUCUCUGAAUGGGAUGAGCCAUUGGCAGAUGGUGAAAUUGAAUACUUUGUUCCAUCAAAGAAGAAUCAACUAAAAGAAGCCAACAAAAAGUUGGCUGACAUAGUCCCGAAUCCAUUUGCACACUUAAAUCAAACAGCUUCACCUAAAACACCGAAAAAUAUGCUUUUAGGAAAGAAAACCAAACUAAUGGCUCAAAGCGCAAAGUUAGAAAAGGGAAAACCCGUCUCUUCCCCAUACACUCCCCAGAAGCGAGUUAAAAUUAUGCUACAAAAGAACACCAUGCAAAAUCCAAGCGAAUACAUCAAACAGAUCAAAAGCUCACCCAACGUACCCUUCGAUGCUACAAAGAAGCCAUCCAAAGGCCUGCUCAAACCCAACUCAAUGCCAAGUCCCAUAAAUCCCUUCUACAAAAAAAAGAUUGGCCUCAAACUGCACAAUGAGACACUCUGAGAUAAACUUAAUCGUUGUUUUUCGCGUUAUUUUAGUUUUCUAACACCUUAAGAUUCAUAAUUAUGUUGAUUACCGCUUUCAAAAAAAUCGAUCCGCAAUGAAACGCAUCGCAUUUCUCUCUUUCAUUUCUUUUUAGAAAAAUCGCGAGAAAAGAAAAAGCUCUGUACUGCGAAUCAAUUUCUUUGGAUUCUGAUAUCGACAUUAAUAUUUUUCGAUGACAAACAAAUAUUGUAGAAACCACCAAACGGGACAUUUCUACUUGAUGCACUUUGUUUUAGGAUUUGAAUGUAAUGAAUGUAUAUUAUUUUUGUUUAAAUUUUCUAUAUAACAUUAAAUAUUUUAAUGUUGAUAAAUAUUUAAAACUUUAUUAUGUAUACUUAGGAAAUAAGUAGAAGAAAAUACAAAAAAGUUGUAGAAAUAAAUUUUUAAA